CGAAAGGUCCCUGUCAUCCCACCCCGCAUCCAUUACCUCUAUCUGCAGAACAACUUCAUAACUGAGCUCCCAGUGGAGUCCUUCCAGAAUGCCACGGGCCUGAGGUGGAUCAACCUGGAUAAUAACCGAAUUCGCAAGAUAGACCAGAAGGUACUGGAGAAACUGCCCAGUCUGGUAUUCCUCUACAUGGAGAAGAACCAGCUCGAAGAGGUGCCCUCAGCCCUGCCCCGGAACCUGGAGCAGCUGAGGCUGAGCCAGAACCAGAUCUCCAGAAUCCCGCCCGGCGUCUUCAGCAAGCUGGACAGCCUGCUGCUCCUGGAUCUCCAACACAACAAGCUGAGUGAUGGCGUCUUCAAGCCUGACACCUUUCAGGGCCUCAAGAACCUCAUGCAGCUCAACCUGGCCCACAACAUCCUGAGAAAGAUGCCACCCAAGGUGCCCACGGCCAUUCACCAGCUCUACCUGGACAGCAACAGGAUCGAGACCAUCCCUAAUGGCUACUUCAAGGGUUUCCCCAACCUUGCCUUCAUUCGCCUUAACUACAACAGGCUGUCAGACAGGGGGCUCCCCAAGAACUCCUUCAACAUCUCCAACCUGCUCGUGCUCCACCUGUCCCACAACAUGAUCAGCAGUGUGCCCGCCAUCAACAACAAGCUGGAGCACCUGUACCUCAACAACAACAGCAUAGAGAGUGAGUGGGGGCAGGGCCACGGCCACGGCCACGGCCAGGGAAGUGGAGGCUCUUAUUGGCCAUGGCCAGGGAAGUGGGGGCUCUUAUUGCCUCAAUCCUUUCUAGGAGCUUAGGGUGAAGGGGGUGGGGGGUAGAGCAAAAAAGCACCCAGUUUGGCACUGGACUUCAAAUCUUGACCUUGCCACUUACUAUCUGUGUGACCUUGAACAGAUAUUUCACCUCUCUGGGAAGUUGUCUCAUCUGUAAAAUGAGAAUGGGAGCAAUACCUUCGGUCACAAAGUUGGUAUGAGGAUUUAAUAGGCUAAUAUGGAUAAAGUGCCCAGAAUACCAUGCUUGGAGGGUAAGAGCUUUUCCUCCUCUGUCCCUUCUCGCUAGCCCCAGGUUCUCUGCCUUCCAGAUCUACAGUUGGGUAGACACGGAAUGCAGUCCCAGACAUUCUCGUGAAAGCAGAACAGUGACGUGUUCUGAGUGUCACUACUCUGAAAUGUCCUGCGUCUGUCCCCUGUACAAGCUGCCAGUUAUGAGAGGAAAGCUGAGCCUAGGUUUUGAGGAAUCUCUAAAAGAUGUUCACAGCAAAGCAGCUACAUACUUGGGGUAGGCAGCUGGUAAAGACCCGGCAGCCAGAGCGCAGGCGCUUUCCAAGUCUAGCUGGAAGGCGGGAAUAUUUCAUCAUGUAAGAGCACAUUUAAGGUAGAAUUUGCCUAAGCUACAUUUAUAGGGUUCUGGGCUUGGGGUAAAGAUUGCAGCCCAGAAGAAGAAGCUGGAAGUCCCACUUUUGCUUCCAUCAACAAUGUCAGCUCUGAGCAGAGCAUCGACAGAAAGCUUCAAAAACAAGAGAGUAUAUUAUCUGGUCCUUGAACAAAACCAGGCUCCAUCCACACCAGGAAUGUAGCAGCUAUAGUGUUGAAGGGGACCAAGGGGAAAGGGCAGCACCCCUAAGAUAAUAUUAGGAAUCCUUAGUUUCCAAGCCAAAGAAUGAGAGGGAGAUUGUUGAAUUCCUACAAUCUUGAAACAAAUGGAUGGGAGAACAGUUUCGUUCACUCAUCUGGGAUAAUUACAGGAAGUUGGGGAGGGCUUUUUUUAAAGCUUGCAAAAAAACAAAUUCAGGAAAAGGGGAAACUGUUUAAUUUCAUCCUGCAGGUAGUGAACUGAUGGAACGCAUUACCCCAAAAGCUAGAUAGGCCGAAAAUCCAGGCAGAAAGAAUACCUCACUCAAUGGCCGGCAGGUCUCUAUCAGGGUGGGGAAGGGCAGGCUCCUAGGGGAUAUCCUGCCUUUUGAGGCUGAAGUCAGAAAAAUCACACCCCGUCCACCUGUAUCCCCUGUGCCCAGCCUGUGUCCCGUGUCAAGGAUGGACAGAGUGGGCAGAGCCAGCCCUAGGUCAGUGUGAUGGCCAUGUUCACAGCAAUGAUCUUAAUGUUGCCACCUGCCCCAUCCUGGACAGUCUGCACAAUGCCUUUGCCAACAUCCUCUCAUCUGGGGUGGGGGGCAGGCACCAUUCUCACCAUUUCACAGAUUUGGGAACUAAAUGUCAGAGCGGUAAGGUGACAGUCCAAAGUCACAGUGGUCGUGAGAAAAAAAUCCACCGAUGUCAGCGUUCUCCAGAACCUCCGAAAGGUCCCUGUCAUCCCACCCCGCAUCCAUUACCUCUAUCUGCAGAACAACUUCAUAACUGAGCUCCCAGUGGAGUCCUUCCAGAAUGCCACGGGCCUGAGGUGGAUCAACCUGGAUAAUAACCGAAUUCGCAAGAUAGACCAGAAGGUACUGGAGAAACUGCCCAGUCUGGUAUUCCUCUACAUGGAGAAGAA